AUGUCCUCGUUAUGCUCUGGCGACAGAGCUCGAGCUAGUGGCGUAUGUCGAAAAUGGCGAGACAUAGAAACGUCUCUCAAAAAGACGAACCCGCUUCCGAUGAAUGUGCGCGUUCGAGAGAACAAUGACUUGGUUCAUAUCUGCGACCUUACCCGCUGCCUCUCAAAGAGGAUCAUCUUUCCAAUUCGACCUCAUGGCGUAGUCCGUUACGCCAAGGACGGUUGGAUGUUGUUCCACGAUGACGAUACCCACGCGAUGAAUUUCUACAAUCCUCAAUCAACUGAGGUUGUUGAGCUCCCAAAGAUACUAUCUGAUGAUCUGGUCGAUAUGGCCGCGUUCUCAGCCCCGCCAACGUCGCCAAACUGCACCGUAUUCUUGCUGCUCCUUACCUUCCGGGAUGAGUCUCCGGAUGUCCUUAUUUGGCGCCCGGGCGAUAUGGUGUGGAUCAUUGUCGAGUAUUGCAAAAGACAUCGAUCCAUCACCUCCACUUGGGUAAAUGCCGUGGUGCGCAACGGGUACUUCUACUGUAUGAACAUCGACGGCUAUACCGGCGAGUUUGAUCUAGUAAAAUGUAGUUGGAAAGCUCUCCCAUACGAGCCCCUUGGAUGCGCUCGAUCUGUGCCGCUUUACGGGUGGAGGAAAAGCGUGUUCAUGGCAGACUAUGACGGCAAAUUCUUUCUAGUGCGCACUUAUGGCGUGGCGCAACCCAUAGUCUACAAGUCGGAUGGGAUCACCUGCACAUGGAAGAGGGUGAAGCACUUAGAUGGCGCAACCUUUUUUGCGAGCACCACGACAUCCCUCAUCCGGGAUGAUCUCCCCGACGCGAUGAAAAAUUGCAUUUAUAUCCCGCAGCAUUCGGGCGGAUGCAUCUACAAGCAUUUGGAACGGAGAUCCUCGUUUAGGAAGUAA